AUGAUGAGCGCGGCAUCAUUCGCGAAUCCCAUCGGCGGCCGCCCGCCGCAGUACCGUACUCCGUCCCCUCCUCUACGCGCUGUCGAACCUAUCACUCCAUCCACAACCGCCGAUUUUCACUCCUCUUGGGCCAGCCGCGGCCCUCCUCGAGCUGCCAGCCUUGAUCGCGAUCAACGUCCUUCGAAUCACAAUCGACAUGUCGCCGCAGAAGGUGGUUCACACCAACGAUCGGGCCAUGGCCGCUCAAGCUCGACUAUCGACACACUUGCGACAAUCGCCCUCGCAACGAGUCCUACCUUUACAUCACUCCCUCCCAAUCCGCCCUCCCCCAGCCUUCGGUCCACAAUUCCCUUAUUUCCACCUGACCCCGCAGAGUCUGAACGACCGACGAAGCGGGCACGGUCGGCGAGAAAUACAUCACCCUACCACCCGCGGGCAGGAAUGCUGACAGAAAACCCACACCCAGCUGGGCUUGAAAGUAUGACAACCGAUGCAGAGCUUUUACUCAAUCUCGCGCGGCCUACUAAUUUCCACCCGGGCAACCACACUAAACGAGUCAGCAUCGACGAGACCUACCACCACUACGCAGGCGAUGCAAUUCGUCAGUCCCGAGUUGGGUUUGCUGCCGUUGGACAUCCUGACCAGGUCGAUGUCAAGAUGAAUCACAAUUCCGAGGAUAUACCUCAUGCCCGCAUGCGCUCUCGCUCCGACGGCUCAGCCUUCAUAUCCCGUCCUGCGAUCCGUGGAAUCCGUCCAACUACUAGCUCUGGCACUUUCCCGCCAAUCGUUUGGGAGGAUGAGCACGAAGUCAAAGCCUGGCAUUCACCAGCUGAUACGCCCCAUCAUACUGCUUAUGGAACACACCCUCCAGCCGAUCCCCAAGAACCUCAAUUCCCACAAAAGUCUCUGCCCAUUCCUCCAAAAGUCGAAGAGGAAGAAGGCGACACCAAUCAAGCAAUAUGUGGGGCAUGCCAUCUAGCGCGCAUUCCAGUUGAAACCGAGGAACAGGACGAAGACACGUGGAUCAGUUGCGAUGGGUGCAAAGGAUGGUUCCAUAUCGUUUGUGCCGGUUUCAAAAACGAUCGAGAGGUCCGCACAGUCGACAAGUUUAUCUGUCGGCCAUGUCGAUCGGUUCAUGGCCAAACGACUUUUGUACGCAAGUCCUCGCGGGCCCGGACAGCUAUUGACUACGCAGGCCUGAACCAAGGCCUCGUCAAAGCUGCCACUGACUCGUUGGAGCAUCAUUAUCUUGAGCCCAUUCGACAAGGGAAGAUCCGAUUCCAAGCCGAGAAUUUCCCCCGAAUGAAGCCUGAGCUGGUCACAGCAGAAUACUUUGAGCGAGGAAAUGGGUGGACAGAGCCUAUUGUGAUACCUGCCUGCUGGAACUCGACCGAGCCUGUUUCCUCGGAGAAUCCAGACUUCGAAUCUCUAGUACAGGAGGCUUCGUCUCAGGAGAUGUUCGAUGAUCUUCUCGAGAACCACCCAGAACAAGAGGCCCAUAUCGAAGAAACAGCCGAUUGUGGCCAAGAUCUCUUGGGUAUGGUCAUUCCACGGGGUCUCACUGUCCGUGCUGUGGCAGAGCUUUACGGACCCGAAGAAAGGGUUGAAGUUAUCGAUGUCAAGUCUCAGCAAGGAGAGGACAAGAGGUGGAACAUGCAGAAAUGGGCCGAUUACUACGAAAGCAAUGAGCAGGACAAGCCUGUCAGGAAUGUCAUCAGUUUGGAGGUAUCGCAGAGCAAACUCGGCAGACUGAUCCGGCGACCGAAGGUUGUGCGUGACUUGGAUUUGCAAGAUGCUGUUUGGCCAGAGGAACUGAAGGCAAUUGGCGAAUAUCCCAAAGUGCAGUUCUACUGCCUGAUGUCUGUUGCCGACUGUUAUACCGACUUCCACAUCGACUUUGGAGGAUCUUCAGUGUAUUACCAUAUUCUGAAGGGCAAGAAGACUUUCUUCUUCAUUCCUCCCAAAGACAAACACCUCAAGAAAUACGAGGAGUGGUGCAACUCUCCCGCCCAAGACUCGAUCUUCCUUGGAAACCAGACCAAGGAGUGCUACCGUGUGGAUCUCUCCGAGGGAGACACCAUGCUGAUCCCGUCCGGCUGGAUUCACGCAGUUUGGACUCCGGAAAACAGUUUGGUUAUUGGUGGCAACUUCCUAACCAAACUGAACUACGGGAUGCAAAUCAAGAUACUUAACAUCGAAAAGGAGACCAAAGUGCCCAAGAAGUUCCGAUACCCUUUCUUCCAAAAGAUCCAGUGGUACACGGCUCAAAAGUAUCUGGAUGAUGACCCCGUCCCGCAAAAUGUGAUGGAAGCAUUUAUGCAGGAUGAGAACUAUCGUUUCCACCGUCAAUAUCCAAUUUAUUACGAGUUUGGAGAACGCGCCAACCAGGAACCUCCAGGUUCUCCGCAUCACAAUGCACGUUUUUAUUCACAGGCAGAGCUAGAGGGCUUACUUGAGUUAACUAAGUAUUUGCUACGAACUGCACUCAUUGCGGGUGGUUAUACCGUUGAUGGAGUCAUCUCCAUAGACGUUCGAAACGCGGUUAGACGCUCCAUCCCCAAAGGCACUGGAGAUCCUGUGGACAUGAUCAGGAAAUUCGGAAUUUGGGUCGCCUGGAAACGUGGUAACGAAAAGGCGCCCCUCUGGACUCGACCUGGCGUAAUCGAAAGCAAUCCCAAGGUUUCUAUUGCAGACAAGAAGCCCGCAGGACGACCAAGCCGCCGAUCCGAACGCAACGUCGAUAACCAACGCACAUAUGCGGAAAGACAAGCGGUCCAGUGGCCUUCAGAAGAGGCUCCUGCAACCCCGAAUCAACCAGCCAGCAGCCUUGCUUACGCGCAGUCCGAUGGAAGUGCUACACCGGCGCCAUUCAGUAUUGUUCCAGAAUCGAGCAUCAAAGAUAUUGCUACACCCAAGCCCCGGGCUGUGCAACGAGGCUCGGGUCUUGGUCCUAAGCGAGUUGCUUGUGACGCCUGUCGCAAACGACGCAUUCGAUGCCGACACAAAGAUGAACCGGGUGAUCUGGUGCUCAACGGGCAAGUCGCAGUCAAUGCCUUCACACCGGGCUCUGGGGUGAGCACGCCGUCGUCCUUGGCCCAGGAUGCUGUGUCUGCUUUGAAUUCUUUAGCAGCGAUUGCAUCGCAAACUGGGUUCCAAAAUAAUGGACAUCUUGUUGACCUGGAGCGAUUUGAGAGCUCGGCAAGAUUCCAAUCCGCGGUCAUGGGCAACUCCACGAUAGCCGCCAAUCGUCUCAUUGAUGUGAGCCCUGACGGAACCAAUGGAGGAAAAAAGGGGCGUAGCAAGGCGUGCGAUGAUUGUCGGAAGAGCAAGCGCCGUUGCAUCCACGAUGAGUACGGUCGAAUAGAUCCAAUCAAGGCCCAGGAACGCUCUAAACCUCGUGCGAAUGCUUCCGCCAAACGAGCACGCCCCGCUGAAGAGGAUGACAUGCCUGCUACAGCCAAAAAAGCGAAGCAAGAGAGCACUUCGCCCAUGACACAGCCUGCCGUAUUCUUUGAUCAUGAUGGUGAUGAGCUGAUGGCUCAAGAUGACCUGAUGGAUGCUUAUGAUCACGAGCCUUUCAGUCAAAUUGACUCAGCUAAGCAUCUGCCUGAGGCAAAUCAGGCACCUCAGAAUCAAGCUCUGUACGCAUCACCACCUGCUUUCCAGACCGAGUCUGUGGAUGCAAAGGAAUUAAAUUCCGUGUCUGUGUCUUCUUCCAAGCCAAACACCUCCUUGGUGUCACCGCCCACGUCGCUGGCCGACGAGAUGGACGGGGUCCAAGAGGGAGAGGCCGUGCAGUCUGUGGAAGGGGAGGUGUCAACUGAUCUCCACACACCCAACUCCAGCUCUCGUCAUUCGUCUCGCCAACCUCGAAACGUCGAUCGGUUCGCACCCGAUUCAACUACAGCCCGGGCUCCGAAGCAAGCGGCACGAGCCACGUCUUCCACGAUCGGGGCUCGCAAAACUACUCCUGUUCCAGCAUCGACAAGGAAGCCUUCAUCACGUCCCUCGUCUUCACAUGCAAAGAAGAGCUCUCCGAUGUAUGAAAAGCACUUCCACCGCCACGCCCCUACAUCAUUAUCUCCCCGUCAACACAAGCAUACUCAGCACAUCACGGGGGAUGAAGAUGCAGACGAGGAAAGUCUUCGUUUGAUACGAGAGCUCCAGGAACAAGAAUUUGGUCUGCGGAAACGAUCGACAAGGGUUUAG